GUCCCUCUCAUGUUCCAGGAUUUCUCUGACCAGAGAGAAAUGGCCAAACAGCCGGCCGGUGCCGCCGCUCCCACCGGCUACAUCCCGGCUCAGCAGCAGCAGCAGCCGGACGGAGCUGCGGGACUUACAGCAAACAAACCGGACAACACCAGACCGGACAACUCGGCCCCUCACCUCCAUCACCACCCGGCGCCUCAGCCGCCUCCGGCCAACGAGGGCAAAACUUUUUGCAACGUGGAAACUAAUCCUGGAGAUGUGGACAGUAAUAAAGCGUACGGGACGUUUAAAAGCGCCGCGCCGCCGGCCCCCGGAGCAGGAGCCGCGGCCACCGGCACCGUCAACUCCUCGGCCUUCAGGAAGGACUCAUCAGCCCAGUACGGAGACCCGCUGCGGGCCACCGCGGAGCAGAACAACACCGCGGGCAACUGGACGGCUAUGAGCCAGACCACCAUCAUACUGGGGACAGAUGGGAACACGUCUGUUCAGCCCGGCACCGUGGCGGCGGUAAGUCAGCUGGAAUCAACCGGAAACUUUAACAGAGAGCUGGAAGCUGAUGAUGAUGAUGAAGGGGGAGAUGAGAAUAAGGCCAGAGGAAACUGGACCAAUAAGAUGGAUUUCAUCCUGUCCAUGGUGGGCUAUGCGGUGGGUCUGGGGAACGUGUGGAGGUUCCCUUAUCUCGCCUUCCGGAAUGGUGGAGGAGCUUUUUUGAUCCCCUACCUGACUAUGUUGGGCAUCGCCGGCAUCCCAAUCUUUUUGCUGGAGGUGUCCCUGGGCCAGUUUGCCAGCCAGGGGCCUGUAUCAGUGUGGAAAUGCAUCCCAGCUCUGCAAGGUUGCGGGAUUGCCAUGUUGAUAAUAUCUGUCUUGAUAGCCAUAUACUAUAAUAUUAUAAUGUGCUGGACACUGUACUACCUGUUCGCUUCGUUGAAGGGCUCACUGCCAUGGGCUAACUGUAGGAAUGAGUGGAACACGGUGGAAUGUAAGGACAAAGACAUGCUGCUGUUAGACACGUGCAUCCUGCGGGACAGAAACAUCACCUCCAUCAAGAACUCCACGUUCUGUCUGUCCGCAAGCACCGUUGGGAACCUGACGAAGCUGUUGAACAUGACCGUGGACGGGAACAAGACCUACGUCAGCCCCAGUGAGGAGUACUUCAAGUACAACGUUUUGCACAUCUCUAAAGGAAUCGAAUUUCCAGGAGACAUCCGCUGGCCUCUGGCAGGCUGUCUGAUGCUGGCCUGGAUCAUUGUCUACUGCUCUUUAGCCAAAGGAAUCAAAUCAUCAGGAAAGGUGGUGUAUUUCACUGCCACAUUUCCCUACGUGGUGCUGGUCAUCCUGCUGAUCAGAGGAGUCACCCUCCCCGGUGCCUUCAACGGCAUCCUUUACUUUAUCACACCAAAGUGGGAGAAACUGAAUGAUGCAAAGGUGUGGAAAGACGCAGCCACUCAGAUCUUCUUCUCUCUGUCGGCCGCUUGGGGAGGCCUCAUCACACUCUCCUCCUACAAUAAGUUCCACAAUAACUGCUACAGGGAUACUAUUAUUGUGACAUGUACAAACAGUGCCACCAGCGUAUUUGCUGGGUUUGUCAUCUUCUCGGUCAUUGGUUUCAUGGCACAUGAGUUGAAAGUGCCGAUAGAGCAGGUGGCAGAUGAAGGUCCAGGCAUAGCGUUCGUGGUGUACCCAGAGGCUCUGACCAGACUUCCGCUGUCUCCUUUCUGGGCGAUCAUCUUCUUCCUCAUGCUCCUGACUCUUGGCCUGGAUACCAUGUUUGCCACCAUCGAGACCAUCGUAACCUCUGUGUCAGACGAGUUCCCCAAAUACUUGAGGAAACACAAACCUCUCUUCACCCUGGGCUGCUGCGCCUGCUUCUUCCUCCUGGGUUUUCCCAUGAUCACAGAGAAUGGGAUGUUCAUGCUGCAGUUGGUGGACACAUUCGCAGCCUCCUACUCUUUGGUCAUCAUUGCGAUCUGCGAGCUGGUGGAUUCCUACCUCUACGGUCUGCAGAGGUUUUGCGAGGACAUUGAAAUGAUGAUUGGUUUCCAGCCAAACCGAUUCUGGAGAAUCUGCUGGGCCUUUGUGACUCCGACCAUUCUGACGGUAUGUUUCUUUUUCGCUCGGCAUCCUGGACUGAGUCUGUACCAGUGGGAGGGGAUGACGUACUAGGACUACACCUACCCCGCCUGGUCCAUUAUGGGCUGGCUCAUGGUUAUCUGCUCCGUCAUCUGGAUCCCCAUCAUGUUCGGCAUUAAGAUGCACCUCGCCCCCGGCACCUUCUCCGAGCGCCUGAAGCUGGUCUGCUCCCCUCAGCCCGACUGGGGUCCGUUCCUGAUGAAGCACCGCGGAGAACGCUACAAGAACAUGAUCGACCCUCUGGGAACCAACUCCCUGGGCCUCAAACUGCCCCCCAAGGACUUCCAGCUCGGCACCUACCAGUAGCAGCCGCCCCGGGCAGCACCGCACCGCACCACCUCCAUCCCCUGCAGGGGACACCACCGAGGAGGAGGGCGACCUCCACCUCUUCUUCUCCCUCCUCCUCUCUCUCUCUCUCUCUUUCUCCCGUCCGUACUUCAACCCUCUUUGCUUCCUGUCUUCCUCCCUGUAUCUUGGAAGUGGAAACAGGCUCUUCCCUCUCUUCUUCUUCUUCACCACUUCCUCUCUUCUCUCGUGGAGGAGUAGCUGCUCAGGUGGAGUCUUACUCCUCCGCUGCUGCUGCUUCAUACUCGGUUAAUGGGCUAAUCAUUGCCCCCCCCACACACACAACAACCACUGAUUACUUCUGAACCCUUCCCAGGGAUCUUUAUUCCAAGAGAAAAGUGUGUCAUAAAAUGACACAGCUCAGACUGCACUUGCAAUAUUAGACUCACCAUAGCUGCUCCCUAUGGAGUCGUGUAUGUAUGUGUGUUAGUGUGUGCGCGUGCCCUCAUAUUUGUGUUGUAGGAAAUAAUGAAUAAUCUCGGUGCGAGCAGGACACGGGAAAACAACAAAGAAAAUUGAGCGACAGAGAAGCAGCGGUUCAACGAGCUCGGCGGGGUGUUUUGUUCCAUCUGUGUAUAAAAUUUCCAACGGCAAUACAAAUAAUAUCAACUGCCUCGGGAAAAAAAAAAUAGACAAAAAAAAAAAGAAGCACUGGUAUCACAUUU